GCAACCUCUUCUUCCUCCUCUUUCUCUCCGGCCGUCACUGAUCAGAUUCACCUCUUCAGUCUCUUCCCCUUUGGUUUGAGUUAGAUAUUAUAUUUUUCUUAUUUUUCAUUUUUCUUAUUGUGACAGUUAUAUAAGUAAUACAUAUUUUAUUUUAUUUUGCAUGAACUCAAAAAAAUACACGCAAAUCCUAACACCCAUGUUUCUGUUUCUUUGAUAUAUUCACACACUUUCAGGAUUAAGAAUUGAAGAAAGUGUCGAAAAAGUUUGUUUUUUUUUUUUAGUUUUGUUUUGUUUAACAAAGAAAAGAACAUGAGGUGGGAAAAGGUGAAGGGAAUAGGAGGAGAAGAAGGGCCAGGGAAGAGGUGGGGCCACACGUGUAACGCGGUUAGAGAUGGCAGAUUCCUUUAUCUCUUCGGCGGUUACGGCAAAUUUAACUGUCAGACCAACCAAGUUCAUGUCUUCGACACUCUGAAGCAGAGUUGGAGUGAACCAGCAAUUAAGGGCCCCCCACCUACUCCUAGGGACAGCCAUAGUUGCACUGUAAUUGGUGAUAGUCUGUUUGUGUUUGGGGGUACAGAUGGGUCCAAGCUACUGAAUGAUUUGCACAUACUAGAUACUUCUUCACAUACAUGGGUUUUUCCAACUGUGAGAGGGGAAGCACCAGAUGCACGUGAGGGUCAUGAUGCAGCACUUGUUGGCAAACGACUAUUUAUGUUUGGUGGUUGUGGGAGAUCUGCUGAUAACAUUAAUGAGGUGUACUACAAUGACCUUUACAUAUUGAAUACAGAAUUGUUCGUUUGGAACCGUGCUACAACAUCAGGCACUCCACCAUCUCCUCGUGAUGGCCAUACUUGCUCAUCUUGGAGAAACAAAAUUAUUGUGAUAGGUGGGGAAGAUGAAAAUGAUUCUUAUCUGUCUGAUGUCCACAUCCUAGAUACUGAUACUCUAAUCUGGAGUAAACUGUGUACGUCAGGCCAAUUGUUGCCACCUCGAGCUGGUCAUUCUACGGUUUCUUUUGGAAAGAACUUGUUUGUUUUUGGGGGCUUUACAGAUGCUCAAAGCCUAUACAACGACCUGUAUAUGCUCAACAUUGAGACUUGUGUGUGGACGAAGGUGGCAAUUACACCUAAUGGUCCUUCUGCUAGAUUUUCUGUUGCUGGUGACUGUUUAGACCCAUAUAUGAGUGGUGUUCUUGUGUUUGUUGGUGGUUGUAAUAGAAAUCUGGAAGCCCUGGAUGAUAUGCAUUACCUAUACACAGGGAUUGCACGGGAAAGUGAACAGCGACCAAAGAAGUUAUCCUUAAGGAAGCAAUUGAAGCUGAAAUGUCUAGAACAGAAUCCCAAUCUUGUCCAAAACCCAGUUCUGUGUGGAUAUGGAGUGGGUGCUGACAGUAACCAGCCCAUGUCAAUCUUGAACUAUAGCCAACCAAGUAGACUAUAUAUCCCAGUAAAUCAACCCCUGCCUCCUGGAAAGAAAAUGUUUCAAGCCAACGUUAAGGGAAAAAACUCAGCAGGAUAUACUAUUGAAACCGUUAUUGAUGGAAAGCCUCUUCAUGGAGUUCUGUUUAAAAACCAGCCAAACACUCUUAUUCCAGUUCCUAAUACUUCCAGUAGGAAAAGGACUUUUAGUGAAAUUUUAAGUCCUGCUUCAAAUGGUAUACAUUCACACAAUGUAAUGGCUUAUAAGGUGCUCAGGCAGGACGGAAUGCAAGAUAAACAGGAAUUACGGGGAGAGAGUUCAGAAUCUCAUGAACGCCAUAAGGAAGCUGAUACUAUUGUUGUAUCAAGUAACCCGACAACUGCUGCCAAGUCCAUUAAGGUUUCUGUCAACCCAGAACCAGAAGCUGUUUCUAUGGAUCAAAAUGGUGAUGAAAAAAAUGACACACCAAAAUCCUUAAUUGAGAGCUUGAAAAAUGAUGGAUCCAAUGAUGUGACCAGUUCCAAAGGUGAAGUUCAAAUUGGUGGUCAAAUACAUGUGCCAGUUUCCAACUAUGAAAUUCCAAGACAAAUGAGUGAUGCACCAAACUGUAAUGCUGAUGUCCUGAAACCUGCAGCAGCUAAGAGUGCUGUGUGUCCACCAAAUCAAGGUGUAACAGGGGAUUGCACAACUCCAAGGACAGAAGGACACAAUGAACAAGCAAAAUUAACUUGAAUUCAGGCGUUUGUACAUUCCUCUUCUGAAGGUGACAACAGAUGCACAUAACAGUUUAUUACAGACAAAAGUGCUAACUGGUGGGAUAUACUGUUACCUAGACAGGCAUUGAUCUUAAAUUUGUUGAGAAAAACCAUUGUUACCUUAGGUAUAGGGGUAGUAUUAGAAUUUUUUGUCUGAAAGACUGAAACUAAUGAGUUUUUCCGACAUUAAACUUGUCUUCAUUCAUUGUAGGAAAAAAGAUAUAGUUAGGAGGUUGACUGUAGUUGCCAACUUUUUAUUUAUUUUUUCCUGUUUUGUGGGCAUCAUCAAUGGAGGAAUCUUGUUUUCAUUUAUCUUGUCUUAGAGGUAGUUUUAGGCGUUUCUGUUCGUCCAUUUGGUGAGAUAAUAUCUGUUUGAAUUUAUGUUGCAAAA